AUGAGCUGCAUGGGUUUGAAUUCGUCCGAGUUGCAAGAAGCGCGCGACUACUACAAACAGCUCAUCUUCCCGUUCUCAUCGGUCUUCUCGGUGAUCCACAACUACGCCUACGUGGCGUUGUGCGUCGUCGGCGUCUUCGCCAACAUCUCCAUCAUUGUGGUGCUUCUGCGACCGGCGAUGCGCAAAAGCCCGUUCAAUCUGUUUCUGGUGGUGAUCGCCGUGUGCGACGCCUCCCUAAUGGCCACCUAUCUCCUCUACAAACACGUCCAACUCUGCCAUCCGUGGUACUUCUCCUAUCCAUGGGCGAUCUACACGAAAUUCUACGCCAUCUUCUCCGUGUUCAUGCACUCGUGCAGCCUAUGGUUCACGGUGAACAUGGCGAUCCUCCGCUAUCUGGUGCUCUAUCGCGGCAGUGUGUCGGAUUCGCGAUUGCCGCCGUGCAACGGCUUCCCGGCCGCCAUCAUCUCCAUCGCGCUCGCCGCUCUCAUCGCCUUCCUCGGCUCGAUGCCGCUCUUCGUUCGCUAUUCGAUCAUUGAAGAGGACCUCGGCCCGAUACCGACGCUGUGUCUCGAGGGCAAAUACUCGAGCCUGUGGGACGCGCGCGCGCAAAUCCGCUUCUACGGCAUCGCGCAGCCGACGUGGUGGACGUGCGAGUGGGAGCGCGUCAAUUAUUGGAUGGCGGCGUUGAUACUCAAACUCAUCCCGUGCGUUCUUCUCACCGCCUUCAUGACGCUUCUCGUCCGAAUGCUGAUUGAGGCGCGCGAGCGGCGAUCGCGAUUGGGCGGCGCCGCCGCCGGCAACUCGCAGGCCGAACGCACCACCGCCAUGCUCACCGGCAUCGUCGCCGUGUUUCUGCUCACCGAACUACCGCAGGGCAUCAUGACGUUCGCCGCCGGAGCGAAGCCUCGCCUCACGUUUCUCACACUUCAACUCAACGACGUCAACGAUCUGCUAUCGCUGAUCAACUCGGCCGUCAAUUUUGUGUUGUGCGCGUUGAUGUCGCACGUGUUCCGAAGGGAGUUCAUUCAAACAUUCAGCAUUUGUUGUCCGCAAUCCAGCGAGAAUCAUUCCGGCGCGCCGAUAGCGAAGACGUCGAAUCGCAAUAUUCUCUCAACAUUCCACAUCGGCGGCCGAUCGAACAAACCCAAAAAGGGCUUCAUCGCGGUGCCGACGAAUUGCCCCGACGUAGCCGAUUCGGCCAACAUCUAA